AUGAUGGUUAGAUUUCGACGCAAAAGCUCGACUGCCAAGGAGGAUUCACAGGCCGGUCAAAGUGCUAGUAGUGGCUCUCGUUUUGUGGGUUCACAUCUUGACCCGCCAUCUCCUGAGGAACAGAAUUGGCCACCUACUCCUCCCUUGACUGCUGAAGGACAACGAAAGUCCAGCCUCAACAGUCUGGUCUCUAUCUGGUCCAAUCCUUCCUCAUCUAUCUGGUCCAAUCCUUCCUCAUCUUUGGUGGUUGAGACAAAACCGACGGCCAUCAAAUCACGGCACAUUCCAAUUGACAUAUCAAAGUAUCAAUCGGCAUCCUUACCAACAUAUGAAUCGUUUCAAGAGCAUGCUACGAAAACUACGAACUCGACACGACUACCGCGCUAUGUGCCCAUCAUAAUCCCAGAAUUUGCACAACCAUUCGCCCAACCGUCCCGGUCUGACAAAGACACCGCCUGCAACAUCUCACCUGUCUCACCUCGAACUCGGCCAAGUGAGAGCAAACUUGACGACACCUCGGAUGAAAAGAGGGCCAGUUCAAGCCCGGCCUCGUCUGAGUUCGAUGUAAAUGCAUUUCCCUUCCCGAAUAAUUCAAAGGCAACAAUGAACAACAGCCAAGUGAGCCUAGUCGCUUCCGAGGCAAGUAAUGAAGGUGCCGAUAAUUUCAACGUGCCCGUCCGCAAGCCCAAUGGCAGCGGCAGUGGAAAUAUUGGUAUAUCACCCGGAGUCCCACCUCCUGGGGCAGCUCCAUCCAAUCUGUCAAAUUUAGUUUGCAAUGUUCACAGGACCACUGGUGAGGAACCUCAUGCACUGGUGGGUGCCACCACCACGAUUUUGGGAGAUAAGCUGUAUGUUUUUGGUGGACGACUGCACUCAAGGACGAGACCACAACUGACCUCGGAUCUGUUUGAGCUGGAUUUGAUCAAAAGACACUGGGUCAAAAUCGACGCGAUCGGUGAUGUUCCUCCCCCACGCUAUUUUCACAGCGUGUGUGCCCUGGGUGAUAUGAAAUUGGUAUGUUACGGUGGGAUGUCUCCAGCCAUUCAUAGCCGAAACGGCACGAGUGGACAAGCCGAUGCCCAGCCUGAAGUGGUGGUCAUGUCUGAUAUACAUGUCUUUGACGUAUCGACGCGUACGUGGACCUUGAUUGCGACUUCAGAUAACCCUCAAGGACGAUAUGCCCAUUGUGCCGCAAUCCUUCCCUCUUCGGCAGCGUUCACCUCGGCAAAUGCCCCGCUUUCCGCCAUUCAACAUAAUCCACCUUCAUCAGAUCCUCAUUCCGGCACAUUGGGUGUGCAGCUGGAUGGAAGCGGCGGUGCGGAGAUGAUUGUGGUCGGUGGCCAGGACAGCAAUAAUAAUUAUAUCGAGCAAAUCAGCGUUUUCAACCUCCGAAGUCUGAAAUGGACCAACACCACAUCGUGGGAUCGCAAAUGUGGAGCGUAUAAAAGUAUGGUGGCACCGAUGCCUGGAAUCUCGGCUGAAUUGAUAGGUCGGGGUAUUCCACUCAAUGAUUCACAAUCUCAGAGAAUGAGCUCGAGGCCCGGAACCUCGAUGUUGAUUUAUUCGAACUACAAUUUUCUGGACGUCAAGUUGGAAUUGCAGAUUCGAAUGCCUGAUGGUUCCAUGCUGGAGAAGCCAAUGACUGGCUCAGUAUCCCCGCCCGGUCUUCGAUUUCCAAACGGAGGAAUAAUUGAUGGGCAUUUCGUUGUUAGUGGGACAUAUCUCACGUCGUCAAAACACGAAUAUGCGUUAUGGGCGCUCGACCUCAAAACUCUUACUUGGGCACGAAUUGAUACCAACGGGUCUAUAUUUUCGCAGGGCAGUUGGAAUCGAGGAAUUUUGUGGAAUCGCAGGAAUACAUUUGUCAUUCUAGGCCAUCGAAAACGGAGUCUUGUGGACGACUAUAACCAUCGACGAAUCAAUUUCAGUCAUGUUUGUAUGGUUGAACUCGAAGCAUUCGGACUUUAUGACAACCCACGAAAACUCUCACCAACUUCUGGAUACGUGUCAGCCUCCUCGCCUGCGGUGCCGACAUCGCUUCAGUCAUCUUUACCAAGUCAGUCAGCUGGCGGUCGACCUUUUAGUACCAUGGCCGAACAGCUCGGACAGGCAGCACUGAGCUUGAGCGAACUUGCCGAUAUGGAAAUUGUGGCCUUGGGUGGUGAAAAGAUCCCCUGUAAUUCUUACCUCCUUUCUCGACGAUGGGGGCCGUUCUUCAAUCAGUUACUGCUUGAAUCAGCCACUACGCAUGAAAGUGCCAGUAUGUCGGACGCUGCCACGCUGCGACCCAAUGCUAGGAUGCAAGCGAGUCGGAAUUCAUCAGUGACCAUUACCCCGAGCGCGGCGAAUGGUCUUGUACCAUCGACUGCUGGUGGGAGCGGGGAUAGCAUAUUAGAUCCGCAGAGAUCUCUCAGUCGGUCCACUACAAGAACACUAGUCGAACUACCAAACCCGACUUCGGUACCGGCCUCAAGCCGGCCACGGUCGCUUUAUCUGCCACAUAUGGCACCGACCAUUCAGCUUCUACUCCAAUAUCUGUACACUUCGGCUCUCCCCCCUGCCGGGUCGAAUUUGUGUACACCACACACCUUGUGUUCCCUUCUACAGAUGGCGCGACCAUAUCAGGUUGAUGGCUUGAUCGAAGCAACCGUGGAGCGACUACACGAAGUCCUGGACGGGCGUAAUUCGGCCGCGGUAUUCAACGCGGCAGCGAUGGCGGCAGGCGGAGGGCGUGGGCUGGGAGGUGCUGUGGGCGGGACCCUUGCAGCUCUAGGUCGACGGGAGAGCGAAUCCACCACCGUUGGAGACCAGAGCCUCGCCUCCAAAUCGUCAGGGUUGGGCUCCGGAUCAACCCAGGAAGAGAUGAGGAAACGCGGACACCAGAAAUCGAGUUCGGUGGAUUCCGCAUCGACUGCGACGUCGGUCUCGACGUCGACGGACAUUUCCAAUACAGACAACGAGGCAUCACCGAAAGAUGACAAUGCUGAUCCGAACGCAAGGGGAGGGGAGACACGUGAGAAGUGGUCGGGGGAUCUGAGCUCUGUCAUCGGACUUCAAAAACGAGGAUUGAGGGGUCUUAUGGAGGGACGAAGGCUUCGAGAACGAGCCAACACAGGAGGCGCGGGUGAUCAACAACAACAGCAGCAGCAGCAGCAGCAGCAGCAGAACUUUGUCACCGCUUGA